AUUUAGAUUGCUAUCACCACAAUUACAACAUAUUUAUUGCACGACACCAAAUAGGAGUAUCAAUUGCAUUUAAGUAUAAUUAACGGUGGUGAUUCACGCCAGCAAUCCAUAUCAGGGUGAGCAGUGCAAGACACUCGAACAUAGCCUGUAGCCGUUUCGUCGCCUUGUAGCGAAAACCAGAGCAUCAAUCAGCAGUUACCAAAGGAGUGAGCAGUGUGAUCGAUAUGACGCUGUAUCUAAGAGGGUUGCUCCUUGCGGGGUUGCUAGGCGGGGCGCUGGGUAAAUGGGUCGAGGGGAGGGUCGACACUAAGAAUAACUGGGCGUUCCUCUCGCGUUUCUGCUUCCUAUCCUUCGAGGGUCAAUUUGAGUACCUGAUAGAGUUUGACAGAGACAUGGGUAUACCUAACCUGCUCUUGUAUUAUGAUGAUGAUAGCCAAUGGCCCGCUGUGUACCAUAGCUCUAAGACCUGCAAAGAACGAGAAGCAGUACUGAACAAGAAUGGGCAGAACCAGAUCAUCCGCCUGUCCCACUGGUACCCCGACACCGAGUACUCAGGCUGCGUGAUCACGAAGGAGAACAAAGAACUACCUGCUGUCAAGAGCACAACAACGACGCCAAUAACAACAACAAAAACCACAACGACUUCGAAACCCAAAAAUGCAACCAGGUCCCAGCAACCAGAAUCGUCUUUUUACGAUCAAUUUCUUAAAACCACCCCGAUAUCCAGGUCUACCAUCACUGAUAAUGCCACCACUUGGUACGAAGUUUACCCUACAGAUGACAUGACCACUACAGAGCUGGUAGACGAUGAACUUUGGGAGAACAUUGACCCUGAAAAGUCUGAAAGGAAUGAAAGUCAUAUGGAGAGUCUGAAGGAUGUUGAGCUGAUGUUUGAUAACCAGAAUAAUAGCGGGCAUAAAAUAAAGCGCUCAACGUUUGACCUCUAUGAGCGAUUCCGCCGUCGCCGUUUGAAAUCGGAGUCUGAUGAAGCUCUGACCAACCAUGGGAAGGUUGAGCGUUUGGUGGUGACGUGUCAUAACUCCAGGAGAUUCCGGUCAGCUAGAGAGCGGUGGUGGUUCAUUGCUAUUAGCAACUGUGACAGUAAUAAGGGUCUGGAUGUCAGGUACAAGUUUCUGAUGACCAACGGGCCUGAUGGUGACUUUUGGCACGAACACUUCUCAGCUGAUGAAACAUAUGUCCUGCCAGUUCUCCUGGCGUAUACCUUCGCAUACGUAAUAGUUAUGAUAGCUGUGGUGAUAUGCAGCGUGGAACUGAAGUCUCGACACCUCCUGCACUCUACAUACAAGCUGUUCCUGAUAUCGAUAGUGGCACAACACUUCGGUGUGGUCUUACAGAGCCUGGUGUAUAUCAAAUAUGCUGCUAACGGGGUCGGCAGUGAGAAUUCCAAGACUGUUGGUCAAUUCUUCUGCGGCGUAUCAGAGAUGUCCUUCAUUCUUCUUCUGAUGCUGAUGGCGAAAGGGUACACAAUAACUCGCGGCCGGCUCAAAGUGGGGUUCACAGUCAAACUUACAGUGUUCAUGUGUUGUUAUACUGUUACCUACAUCGUUCUGUUCGUUUAUCAGGCCAAGGCUUUCGACCCAGGGGAAGUACUGUACCUAUAUGAGAGUCCAGCUGGGUACGGGCUGAUAGUCCUCAGGAUCACAGCAUGGUGUGUCUUCGCCUACUCAACCUUCUUUACUGUGAAGAAGUACCCUGAAAAGAACAUGUUCUACUGUCCCUUCUUCAUCUGUGGCACGCUGUGGUUCUACGCGGGGCCACUUUUUAUUCUUACUGCAAACAACUAUAUUGAUAAAUGGGUUCGCGAGAGUGUAGUCACCGCAAUAUUACUUUUCAUUACAUUCAGCGGACAUAUUAUGUUCCUGCUCCUCACCUUACCUGUGUUUGCAAACAAGAACUUCCCAUACCACGUUAGAACUACCCAGAUUGGGGUGAUGGAGGUAACUGGUAAUAACGCAUUAGAUGGGUUCGGCCAUAAUGCUUACCACCCCACCAACGGCGCCCCACAGACUGUCAUCAUACCGUUGACUAGACGCACAGAAGAGCUAAUAGGCAACAUGUACAACCAAUACAUGGCAUCGGCGCCGCUAGCAAUCGAAAACGAAGCGCCAAAACUGAACGGAAUCAAACCGAAAACUUUAAAAGCACUCACACCACAGGAUAGCACAGACACUAACAAUUCUGACGAUAUCAAACCCUAUGUAAAAGACGAUAAAAUCGACAAAGAAAUAUUCACAGUUGAAGGACAAAUGUCAAAAAUUGACAGCCAAAAUUCUGACGUCAAAUCGGUGUUGCCACACGAAAAGUCGAAUUUGCCGCAAGAAACUCCCGACUCGAGCCUGCAGACAGAAAGUUUGCCUAUGGAAAGUAGUUUGGAGAGCUCUCGAAGCGAUUUGCCCAGUAUAUUGAGGUCUAGAAGGACUAUUUUAGAGCCUAUCAAGAGGGAUGAGGUUCCGAGCUGGUCGUUGGCGAAAGGCCCAAGCGUUGUCAGUAUGCAAAAGAAGAAGAAUAUUGAAGAAUCUGAUUCACCGAACGGCAGCUUACUCAACGGUAACUUACCCCCGCUGAAUGGUAACUUACUCAACGGUAACCUCCCGCCAAACGGCAACCUGUUACCAUCAACUAGUAAAAAGGUACCGCCAGUUAAGAAUGGCUUGCUUGCCAGUUCCGGAGAGAUAUCCACGAUACACGAAGGGCACGUGCAGACAUAUAAAGGGAGUGUCAGUAAGGCUACGAUAGAUCUGUUUAGUGUUAACGGUAACAAAAGUUAGGUUAGGUUAGGUUAGAAUUAUUAAGACUAUUAAGUCUCAUACCAAAACAAACGCCGCGCUACGAUCGCCGUUUUGUCGUUCAUUUGUCCCGCUCAUUAAGACUAGAAUUCGUUAUUUUGUGGUAACCAUGUUGACUCUAAUACACACCUUCUAAGUUUAUUUUAAGUUAUACCUGUCGUUUUCUUAACAGUCGAAAAUAAAAGGCACGAUUACCCCAAAACCAUUUAUGCUCAAUCCUAUGACAAGCCGCCAUUGCUAGCCCUUUGAUAACGUAAGUGUUACCAUUAAAUUGGUAUCUCCAACAUUCCAAGGACGUAAAUUUUAGUAUUGAAAAUUAAGUGAAUUAAGUACU